ACCCACCAUCCGGCCUCCACCUUUUUUUUCCUCCCUCCUCCGUCCUCAAGUCUACGUCGUACGCUGCGCGCCAACCCACCAUCGGGAAUCGAUUACUUGGAUGCCUUUUUUGUACGGGUCGAAUCUUUUCUAGGCGAUCCCAACAGUUCGUCACUUCUCUUCGAUACAAAUAUAGUAAUGAUCAUACCAUAGCUCUGGCAGUGGAAAUGGUGGAUUCAGAGAAGGUUAAUGCACGAGGAGGAGGAAGAAGCAGACGGGUCUGGAACCACAAGUAGGGUAUGAAUUGGAACACAAGCGAUUGGAGCACAAGUAGGGUAUGAAUUGGAAAACAACCUUACCUACAGAGAUUAAGAUAACACAGAAACCUAGAUGGAAAAGUAGAAGGAACUCCUAGACAACAACAGUUAGACAUUGAUGGCGGUCUGAAAACGUAGCUCGGAUAAUUUCGUUCCCACGGGGAUGGACUCAUUUUGUUCAACAGGUCGGUGAAGAUGGAAUCAUUAUUUGGAGACAAUCACAAAUCAGACAUCUCCCACGAGUAUCGUGGUAUAAAUAUUUGCGGUGUGGAUAUGAAAUGUUUACGUGCUGGUUAUGACUCCCGUUUGAAGAUGGGGGGUUGAAAGAAUCUGGUUUGUGUUGUUGGGAGGAAAAUGAGGUAUAUGGCGAGGAUGAAUGUGUUGACUAUGAUUCAAAUGGAAAUGGUAAUAUCCAUGAUCAACAUGUGUCAGAAGUUGUCGAAGGGGGGUCCGAGGAUGGUUCACAAGGUUGUUCUGAGAAGAGACUUUCUUCUUUGAAUGGAUGAUUUGUUGAAACAGAUUUUAGUAGGGUUCCUAGAUCACUGAAGAACAUGAGGGUGUAAACCAGGAGGUAUAAUUCAAGCAUGGGAGGAAAUGAUAUGUGAGAAAAAGAAGUGUUUGGUUACAGACGGUCAUAUAAUGAAGGGCCAUUGUAGAAAAAAGGGAGAUGCUAGGGGUACACCAAAGGUGUACCCCAAAUAUACACCACUUCCUCACCAUCCAUUUUUAUUUGAUUUUUAUUUAAUUAUUUUUUUUUGAAUUUACUUGAUAAUUUUUGUGGUCAAUGAGGGAGUGUGGGACAUUUGGUGUUUCUGAUUCUGAACUCAUGGCCAUAGAUCUAACAUACUUAUUCAUUACAGAUAAAAAUUGAGCAUCAUAUAUGGAUAAACUAAACAAGGAUUAACUUUUUUUUACCGAGAAGAAUGAAAAUAGAGCGCAGAAAAAUCAUGGGAGCGUUAAAAAUUACUUGUAAGUUCAGCAAAGAUAAAGGUUCGGAAACUAGGGGUGUUCAUAUUUAGGUCCAGAUCGGAAAAACUGAUCGAAUCCGAUAUGUCCAGACAAAAUCCAGACCGAAUAAAUUUCGGGUUGGUCUUCGCCCUUCGGUCUAACAUAUUUAGCAUUUCAGAGGCCACUCGCCGUCCCCGAUCUGAUUCUCUUCCUCUCCAAUCUUCUUCUCCAUCAUCUUCUUCCAACAAUCUCCACUCUCCAGACGGAUUCCACUCUCGCCAUCACAUCCAGUUAAAAAGAAAAUGUAUCUCAAGUCAAGUUUGUCAUGGAACGUUGUGAUCCCAGCCGAGCAUCUGGAUGCCAAAGGAUUGAUGCUCCAAAAGGCAAUCAUUGUUCGUCUAUUGGAUGAUUUUGCUUCGAAGAAGGCCACGAAAGCCCUGGGCUACUUCCUGGCAGUGACAACAAUGAACAAGAUUGGAGAAGGCAAAAUCAGAGAGAACAAAGGAGACGUGCUGUUCCCUGUUGAAUUCAACUGCAUCUCAUUCAAGAUCUUCCGCGGAGAGAUCCUAGAAGGUGUUGUGCACAAGAUCCUCAAACACGGCGUUUUCCUGAGGUGUGGACCCAUUGAGCACAUCUACCUCUCCCACCAGAAGAUGUCUGAUUACCGUUACGUCCCUGGAGAAAACCCCAUCUUCAUGAGCGACAAGAUGUCGAAGAUCGAGAAGGAAACCGUGGUCCGGUUCAUUGUGAUCGGGGAGAAGUACGUGGAGGCCGAGAAGGAGUUCCAGGCUGUCGUGAGUUUGGAGGGAGAUUACCUUGGACCGGUUUCACCGGGCUCGGUUUGAAUCUUGUUUAUCAUAUGCAUGUUUAAGAUGAUGUUAGGUAUUAAGGUAUCGACUUGUGUUGUGUAGGGUAAGCUGUAUUUGACCUUUGUAAAAAAGAUUAUGCAUAUUACCUUGUAGGGUUCAAGGCUGACCUUUAGUUCAUGCUGUUUGUGGACAGUUUCUGGAGCUUAAGUUUUGGGGAAAGUUAAUUUUGGGGUGUUUUUCAUGGGCAUUUGUAUUUUUAAUUUUUUAGAUUUGCUUGGUUGUCUGU